ACCUUUUCCAUAAUAUCCGGUUGCGCCUGCGUAUCUACUUCUUUCGGCAAAAUGGCUGCUUCGCUGUUGAAGGUCACUAUUAGUGCUACAAGAAUUCUGAACUCUACCCAAAGGGUAUAUUAAUUUUUGUUCAUUAUAAUUUUUAAAGCCUAGAAAUAUUAUACCAAAUCUUUUUAGUAGUGACACUUACUCUUACAGUUAAGAGCUGUAAACUAAAAUUUAAAUCAUGUACAGGGCUAAUUCUGAAUUAAAAACUGCCGUUGGAUGUCAACUUUGUGGACAACUCAUAUCCAGAGCCAUAAUUUGUGUAGGCCCCUUAUUUGUUUUUUUUUGUGCCCCCUGUUGAGCCUCUGCCCAUAAUGUAUAUAUGACGGAUCGAUUUCUUAACAAAAAACAAAUUGAAAUAACACAAAUCCUGUCGCAUGCUCAUAGUGUAGAUACUUUGAUAACAAAAUUAAAACUUUAAAAAAAAAUAAACCAAUGACAUAGUUGAAUAGAGCUAAUUUUUAAAAGAAUUAUAACACCAAAAUCAUAUUUUAGCUGUUGUAGUUUUAAAGUUAUGAAUUUUUAAAGUACGACUUAAUUUGUCCUUUUUUAACAUGGACCCCAUCUCCACAUUCAGUGACCCAAUUCCGCUGUUCGCGUCACGAGCUAUAUAACUCUUGUUUUAAUGAUAAUUUUAUUUUCAGAACUAAUGCUGUAUUAAAAAAAUAAGUUUAAUAAUGUUAACAAUUAUAGAUAAAUUGUAGCUUAUCUAACUAUGCAUUAUUUCUAUCAGUAAAUUUAAUAUAAUGUAUUAAUAUAUGGCUUUUCUGUUUACCAAAUCUACGACGUCCUUUAUACCAAUAUUUGCUAUAUAAACUAUAUAGUCUAUAUAAGGCAACUCAUGCCCUAAUUACGAAAAUACUGUUUGGGAACUAUUGAACUUUCAACUUUGUUACAUGACUAAUUAAUUAAAGCUUUCCCUGACCUAGUUGAAUAGUUUUUGCACACGGCAAACUUUUAUGAAUGAAAUCUCUGAGAUAGUAGUAAAUAAUAGCCCUUAUGCAAGUCACUGUGAAUGGCUGCCAUGACAUUUUGCACACGGCGAAUUUUGAUCAUGUAUAAUAUGGACUCUACCGGGUUUUUUAACCUCAAAUUAAAAUAUUAUUCUUUCAAUAACAUUUAAAUUCAUUCUAAAACAUAAGUUAUCAAAUAUUUUGAUGUAAAUAGUGGAAAUAAUUAAAUAUUUCCUAAGUAACGGCGUCUUCCGUCACUGAAAGGGGGCGUGGCCACUUCCUUAUCGAAAUUGGGCUGAGCUACAUUACCAUAUAGGGGUUCACUCAAGUGAGCAUAACAAGUGAUCGACAUGUCCUAACUCAAUGAGAAUUGACACAAAUACACAUCGAUAGAUAAUACAGAAUAAGACUUUUUUUUAAAGACAUAAAAGUUGAACUUCUAUACGAAUUUUAUAGUGAAAGAUGCCUUAUAUUUACAAGGGAAUCUCAAAAUACAGGUCGAUUGAAAAAUUAAAAAAAAGCAAUGUAAAUGUAGGCCAACAUGUCUAUCUUAUUAUAAGGCCGGAAACGGAACUCAAAUAUAUAUAGAAAGCACUCAUUUAAUAAUAAAUAGACACACACAUCGCAAAAUUAAAAACUCUGAUUUUUCGGCGCCGAUUGCCAUUUCCGAUACACAAAAAGUAGUAGCCUCCCUUGGUUUACCGAAGUAUCUACAUAGUGCAAUGGUUUUUGUGAGACAAUGUCAAAGCUGAUUAGCAAAUUAAAUGCCUUGCCAUUCUGGAAACAAAUUCUGUCAUGAACAGGGUAAAUAUUUAAAACGCAGACCUAUGGCUUUGCUAAACAGUUUGCUACCGGCCUUAAGUUUCUAAAAUCGUGGUGUUUUAAAAGAUUUGCUUUGAGACUGAGGGUUGUGAAUGAACCGUAAAUAUUGUGUGUAAAUAUUGCCAAUGCAUAGUGAGAGAAACCAAGAUGUUUGCAAUAACGACCAUGCACAUUAAUACUCAUAUGAAUAUGAUAUACUGGUAUUUUCAUUGGAUGUUCGUUCAUACAGUAAUAGUAAUAGAUUCUAGAAAAUUUGUAGUCUACAUCAUCGCUUCAUUUACAUUUUGUAUGUAAAAGUAAAAUGUAAAUAUUCAACUACAUAAAGGAUGUUGAAAUACAAUAAAAUAUUACUUAGUAUUUAAAUUGGUUCUGUGGUUAUUAAACAUGUUACAUACACUAUACAUGCGCUUUCAGUUUGUUUUCUAAUGUCUUAUUGCCAGUAUUUUCAAAGUCAAAGGCCGGCACAACUUGUUGAAGUUAAAAUUAAACAAUUAAUCGGAAUAUAACAUGUUUAAAAUGUAAAUUGCUACAAAAUAUUUGUAAAAUUCUCAUGAACAUACUGUUGCAAAUGAACAUGAUAUUUUAUAUAUAAAAUAUAUUUUUAAUUAAAAUGGAAAAAAAACUUGAUCCCCUUCUGGGAAUUGAUCACAAAAUAUAAUAUCGCCUUGCAUCUACUCUUACCACAAGACCACACAAGAUCUUAUUUAACAGGCAUAUCUUAAAACCAGGCCAAUGCUACAUAAUUUUGCCGCGGUGUACGCAGGUCUAGGUCCAUGGUUUUGCUAGGUACACCGCUGCAGUGCACGCAGCCACUUUUAUUUAAUUUACCAAGACUAUCUAUCAUUGUUUUAAAUUUUUUGGUCAUUUAUAGACCAGAAUGCAAAUUAUAUGUCAGCAUUUAUCUGUAAGCAGACAUCUUGUUUUAUCAAUUUGAACCCCCCCCCCCCCCCCCCCCCCCCCUUUUAAAAAAAAAAAAAAAAAGAAUUUGAGACUAAAUUUGGAGGUAAAUUAAUGCUAAAUUUACUCAUUCAUAUUAUUUUGUGGGGAAGGUGUCUUUCUUAAAUGAAAGUCGUCCAUUGAUAACUGCAUAAAUUUAAAUUACAACAUACCCUGAAUUCGUGGGGCUAGGACCCAGUUCAUUGGUGAAAAAAUGCAUACCAAAUUUAUGUCACAUGUCUCAAAAUUACCUAUUAUUGAUCGAUAACUGACUUUUUGCAACUAAAUAACUUAAUUUACACUGAAAUCAGCAUCUUCCACCAAUAAAAACUUCGAGUUUGAAUAUGUAUUCAUAUAUAUUCAAGCAAAAAGUGUUGACUGUUGUUUACAACACCACAUACAACAUUGUCCUAGUAUCAUCAUCUUAUCUUGACAAUAACCAAUUAUAUACUACCCAAUAGUAAAUAGUUGUACAUCAAUUUAAAUCACAAUUUUUUGGAUACAAAAAAAUAUUUUGAUUUUUUGAAAUUCAAAUUGUUUUUUGUUUUUUUCAGGUACCAUAUGUUGCAUCCUUGUAUAACAGAAGAUGGAAAUCUGCAAAAGCUCUCACGUACGAACAGGCAGUACUGAAUAUGCCAGAAACAAAGGUGACCCGUUUGAGCAAUGGCGUUAGAGUUGCCACUGAGGACUCUGGGAUUAUCACAAGCACUGUAAGUUUAUUCGUGAAAUCUCUUGUAAAUGCAAAAUUGACUUUGUUAAAAACCUUUUUUUUUAAAUAUGGGAUUUUGUGCCUUGACCCUACUAGUGUUGUUUUUUUAAUAUAUUUUAACUUACACACUCUGCAAAAUGGAUACAAUACAAUUUUAAAGUUCAUUUGUGAAGCUUGGCAUAGUUUUAUGUUUUAGUCUGUCUUAACUUCUAAGUGUUUCUCACAUUUUACUUGGUUUUAUACGUUAUAUGUGUAUAUCGGCUAUGAACUCUUUUUACAUAAUUACAAAUUGUAAGCACUGAAUAUUUCCCCUUAUUUUUUUCAGGUUGGCCUUUGGAUUGAUGCUGGUAGUAGGUAUGAAAAUGCUAAAAACAAUGGAGUUGCACAUUUUCUGGAACAUAUGGCCUUUAAGGUAUUCAUUUAAAUAACUGUUUUCACCUGAAUUUUUUUCAGGUUGGCCUUUGGAUUGAUGCUGGUAGUAGGUAUGAAAAUGCUAAAAACAAUGGAGUUGCACAUUUUCUGGAACAUAUGGCCUUUAAGGUAUUCAUUUAAAUAACUGUUUUCACCUGAAACAUAUUUGAUUGUUAAUGACUACAUAUUUUUUUUUCUUCAGUGUGAUGAGGGCAAAAUUGUGUAUUUAAUCAAAAGUAGUUUAAAAAAUAGAUAUUGUGAUAAAAUUUAGGGGCUGGAAAGAGUUGUUAAAUUGUUUUUUUUUUUAGACAUUUUCAUGUUUUUUAAAAAGUUAUUUUCACAUUGUGCUGAAAGAUUGUGACCACAGACUCUCAUUGCAGCCCAAUGCCUGACACUUUCUGACUAAGUGGUAUGGAUAUUUAUCUUAAUAGCUAUCUUGCUGGGCUAAAAGUCCAUUCCAGAAUUUUGUUUUAUUUCUUUGAUUUCUUUUAUUUCAGGGUACCAAGAAAAGGAGUCAAACUGACUUGGAACUUGAGAUAGAAAAUAUGGGAGGUCAUCUUAAUGCAUAUACAUCUCGUGAGCAAACUGUCUAUUAUGCCAAGUGUUUUGCUAAAGAUCUACCCAAAGGUAUGGAUUAAUUAAUUGUAAUUUAUUUUGUUUUUUCAGUAUUCUGUUCACCUCUUUAAACAAAAUAUACAUAGAAUUUCUUUCUAUUGCUGUAACCAUCUUUGACCUAUUUUAGUCUUACAAACAUAGACUUUCUACUACAAUUUAUUUAACUGAUCACCUGGGUUUUAUUCCAAACUUUUGUUUACAGCUGUAGAGAUUCUGGCAGACAUAACACAGAACAGUUUAUUGGGAGAUCAGGAGAUUGAAAGGGAGAGGGGAGUCAUUCUCAGAGAAAUGCAGGUAUGAUAUGUUGCAACUUUAUUUUAAAGUACUGCUUUCUGUAGUUUCUUUCCUUUUAAAAAUAGUGAGUUAAAUAUUUGAGUUUUUUAAUAUCAUACAUUCCUAGGAAAUUGAGACCAAUCUUCAAGAAGUUGUAUUUGAUCAUCUCCAUGCAAUAGCAUACCAAGGUACCACUUUGGGACAGACAAUCUUGGGACCAACUGAGAACAUCAAGUAUGUUAAUUUUAAAAAUUGGAUACAUUUUGCAUUUCUCCCAUCAGAUACUGCAGUCUUGAAUAGUAAAAAGACCUUAUGUUAUUGAUUCCAUUAGAAACUCUCUCUCACCUUGUAGUAGAACAAGUACCUUUCCAAGAAAUCAUGAACAAAAAAUUAGAAAGCUGAUACUGUUUGUUUUUUCAUGGAAUGGGCACCAUUUUGCUCAAAAGUCUUAAUAACAGAGACUAAUGCUUUGAUAUAUGGACAGCUUUUGUUUUGUUGUAGGUUUCUUAGUGUUAAGUCCCUCUGAUGAUAAAUUUAAACUUAUUUUAAAACAGAAAAGGUAAAUUAAUUGAAUUAAAGAAAAUCUGUAUUACCCUUUAUGGUUUAAAUACUUAAAAACAAUUUUUUCAUUUAUAGAUCCAUCACUAGAAAUGAUCUUGUGGAAUAUAUUAACUCUCACUACAAGGGCCCCCGUAUUGUAUUAGCUGCCGCUGGAGGUAAUAUUAUUUUACAUUAAUGCUCAUAUGUAUUUGAUGUGGGUGAUAUAAUAUAUUGCAGGAUAAAAAUUUGAUCUAAGAAAAAAUUAUUUGAGCCCAAUUUGAAGUCUUUUAGUAAGUGCAGGUUUCAACAAAGAAAACCAAAGCAUGACACAAGAAGAAUUCAGAAAAUAAAGAUGCAUUUCAAAAACUUAAAUGUGCACCAAUUGCAGGAGUUAAUCACAAUGAGCUGUGCAGCUUGGCAGAACGUCACUUUGGAAAGAUGACCGCUGGUUAUGAUGGAGAGAUUCCCAUCUUGCCCCAGGCAAGGUUUACAGGAAGUGAGGUAUGAGAAUCUAAACUUUUUAAUCCUUCUGUAUUUUGUUUUUACUUCCAUAUAUAAGCUCUUAAAACUUUGGGGUGAAAUAUUAAAUUCUAGAGUUGUGGGAGGUUAUGUUUUACAAUUGUUGUUCACAUAAUUACAGCUCAGGAUACGAGAUGAUCUCAUGCCUUUGGCUCAUGUAGCUAUCGCAGUGGAAGGAUGUGGCUGGCAGAACCCGGAUAAUUUGGCACUGAUGGUGGCCAAUACUCUGAUAGGCAGCUGGGACAGAUCCCAUGGUGGAGGCACCAAUCUACCCAGUCAGCUGGCCCAGCACACCGUCAAACUUAACCUGGCCCACAGCUUCCAGUCCUUCAAUACUUGCUACUCAGACACUGGCUUGUGGUUGGUUUAUGGAUUUUCUUUCUUACUAUAAAGGUUGAUAGUGUGUGGCUAGUCAUCAGCCAGUCCAGAUAUCCAGACUUUUCAAGAAUCUUAAAGACUUGAAACUGAAACUUAAAAGAAAUAUAUUCAGCAGCACAGUAGUGCAAGUUUACUGUGCAGUUUUCAUGUUUUAUAAGUGUAAAGGAAGUGAUGCUCUAAUAAUAAAGGUGUGAGGGCUUUGGUUUAAAAUGCAAAUCUUAUGGCCAUUAGUUAGUCAAGGUUGUAAAAUUGGGAUUACUUUAACUACCACCCUCUCCCUUCACUAACAUUAUUUUAUUUUUAACAGGGGUAUUUACUUUGUCGCAGACAGAAUGAUGAUUGAUGACUUUAUUUACAAUGUCCAACAUGAAUGGUAGGCUAAUUUUAUCACAAUCUAUCAAUUUGCUCUUUUUAUUUGUAAAUGGUCAACAAUAUUUAAUUUAUUGUCAUGUUAUCUUUCAUUUUUUUAAAUAUCACUUAAAUUUGGUACUGUUUUUUGUACACUCCUAUUGAGUUCUCUGCUGUAUGAUAUCUUGUUGAUAAAUACAAACAGGAUGCGUCUUUGUGGUGGUGUAAGAGAGGCUGAAGUAGAGAGAGCCAAAAAUUUGUUGAUGACCAAUAUGCUCCUGCAGCUGGAUGGCUCUACACCUAUAUGUGAAGAUAUUGGCAGGUUAGGACAAUACAUGUUUUGUUUUCACUUUAAAUAUUUUCUUUCUGAUUUUUUUUUUUCCCAACUUGAACUGUUUUAAGUUAGCAGUAAAUUAGACCAGUCAGGUAUGGGAGUUAUUUUAAUAAACAGACUGUCUUAGCCGUUUGUACACAAUAAACAUACACCUAAUGAAAUUAUUCUUGGGCAAAGCUUCUAGCUGCCAAUGACCCUGGUUUAAUGUUUCAGCAAAUAAAAAUAUAAUUAUAUGAUGAUUAGCCAAUAUAGAGUAUUCCUUUUUCCUCAGACAAAUGCUUUGCUAUGACAGAAGAAUACCUAUUGAUGAGAUGGAAAUUAGACUUAAUGUGAGUACUUUUAAUUAUAAAUGAAAGGUUACUUAAGUAAAAUGAAUGAACCCACCACUACCUAACCUACUUUUAAGGUAAACAAUCUUUUGUGCCUAAUUAACAUUGCAUAACCCCCUGGUACAAAAAAAGAUAUUUAAAAAUAAGAUAGUCAAAUUGUUUUUUGGUCUUGUUUAAAAAAUAUCAAGAUUUAAAUUAAACAAUGAUGCCAAAAAAAACCUUUUCAAUAAUAUCUAUAGUUGAGUAUUAGUACAUUUGCACAAGUUUACUGCAGUCACUAUUGUUAGCGAAACUUGCCACUUGCACCAAGUGAUGUUCUAAUUUUUAAGGCAGAUUCAGAGUUAUCUUUAUUCAUAGCAUCAUCUAUAUCUAUCCCUUUAAGUUUCAAAUUUCAAUAAAUUCUAUUUGGGCGUAAGUAAGCUUGUUAGGGCUCAUAAAUUAGCAUACUAUAGCUAUGGGUAAAAGGCAGGCGCAGAGUGAGCAUUAAGUAGCCUGUGGGAAUUGGGUAGAACAUUAUUGAGAGGAAUAAAUAACUUUUAUAUUAUAUAUUAUUGUGCCUUAUUGAAAUACGUUCUUGGGAAUCACUAACAUUUUAGAAAUUUAAAAUAAAAUGUAUUGCUAUAAAAAAAUUAUUGCUGUUUACAUCAAGUUAUUCUGUUGGUUUUUUUUUGCAUGAUUGAAUAGGCUAUUACAGCUGAUACAUUGAAAGAAGUGUGCACAAAAUACAUAUAUGAUAAAUGCCCUGCAGUGGUAGGAAUUGGUAAGUGCCUUUUAUUGAUUUUGAGAUUUAUUAAAUUUUUACCAUGAAGCUCCUUAAAAAUUGAUAUGUUGAGACAAAUAAAUUAUAUAACUACUAAUAAUGAUACUAUGAUUUGUAAAUCUGUGAAAAAUUAGUGCAAAUAUUAUUUCUCUUUAUUUUAAAAUUGUUUAGAGAUUUAGUCAGUCAUUGCCACAAGGGUGUUGAUCCCCACAAGCCCUACCAAUGACAAAUUAUUUAUCAUGCAUUAAGUGAUUUCUAUUAUUUUAAAGAAUAAUCUUUUCUUCCUCUUGUGGAAAGAUAUAACCUCGUAUUUCUUGAUCCUAGGACCUAUUGAAGCCUUGACAGACUACAACAGAUUGCGUGCUGGCAUGUACUGGCUGAGAACAUAACACUUUUGAAGCUAGGACCUCGAUAUAUAUAUUAGUUUGUUUGGGAAAUUUCUAAGAAACCAAGAUCAUUUUUUGUGCAGCAGUUCAUGAAGAUCCCACAAACCAAGGAGCUAAAAGCUUUACUGAAAUUCUUUUUAAUUUAGAUCUGGUUUUCGAUCAACUAGUUUGAAUCCAAAAACCAUACAGUAAUUCUUAUUUAGAACGAUUUCUCAAUAACAUUUUACUUUACUUGUAUUUGUGGAGAGAUGUGAAUAUAUUUAUCUUGCUAGAUACAUAAACAGGAUAUUUGUGGAAUAGAAAGCAGGUGGUGUAGAUUAUUAGGUUCCUAUUUUGUUUCCUAUUUUAAAAGCAUCCCCAACAUUUGUGAUGUUUAAAUUGUUAAUUUUGAAAGUAAUUUGUUAUAUGAUGUGAACUUGUCAAAUGCAAUGAGUGACAUUAAAAUAUUUUGUACAGUCUUAGAAUGUAUUUUGUUUCUUCUGCACUUUAUAAUGUUGUGAUGUACUGUUGAAACUGAAUUUUCCCAAAUUUUAAAUUCAAGCCUAAACCAAAGAUAGAGGAUUGUCUUUUCAAGCCUAAAAAUAUCUUGUUCUACUAUUUAUUUACUUAAUAGGGCUUGAACACAUUUUCAUCCCAAUUGGAAAACGAUAAAACGGGCAAAGUACAAAACAAAAUUAUAUUUUAUUGCAAUUUUAUCUUGAUACAAAUUCAAU